GGAAGAAGGAAGAGGCCGUGGCCUUUUGUCAGAGGAGCUUCCUCCAACUCGGACAAUGAGUCUGCCUGCCUCCCGCGUCCCAGCUACCAGAGGAAACUGGACAUCAAGAGACACAGGGGCCAGGGUAAUUUUCUUACUUCCCGGUGGCAUCAACGGAGCGAGUCAUUCGACUGGGCUACCAUGGUGAAGAAGGUGGCCGUGAUCGGGGCUGGGGUCAGCGGGCUGGCCUCUCUGAAGUGCUGUGUAGAUGAGGGCCUUUCCCCCACUUGCUUUGAGCAAACAGAAGACAUCGGGGGACUCUGGAGGUUCAAGGAUAAGGUUGAAGAAGGCCGGGCCAGUAUCUACCAGUCCGUCAUCACCAACACCAGCAAAGAAAUGUCUUGUUUCAGCGACUUCCCCAUGCCGGAAGACUUCCCCAACUUCCUGCACAAUUCUAAGCUCCUGGAAUAUUUCAGGAUUUUCGCCCAAAAGUUUGAUCUGCUCAAAUAUAUUCAAUUCAAGACAACUGUCCUCAGCGUGAAAAGGCGCCCGGACUUCUCCUCCUCCGGCCAGUGGGAGGUGGUUACUGUGUGCAAUGGUCAGGAACAAAAGGCCAUCUUCGACGCCGUGAUGGUUUGCAGUGGUCAUCACAUACUCCCUUACCUCCCACUCGACGCCUUUCCAGGCAUUGAGAAGUUCAAAGGUCAGUAUUUCCACAGCAGGCAAUACAAGCGCCCCGAGGGCUUCGAGGGUAAACGCAUCCUGGUGGUUGGAAUCGGGAAUUCGGCCUCUGACAUCGCUGUGGAGCUGAGCAAGAAGGCGGCUCAGGUGUUCAUCAGCACCAGACACAGUUCCUGGGUGAUGAGCCGCAUCUCGGAGGAUGGAUACCCCUGGGACGGGAUCUACCACACUCGCUUCAGCGACAAGAUCCGGAGCGUUCUACCAAGGGCGGUGCUGAAGUGGAUGAUGGAGCGGCAGGUGAACCGCUGGUUCAAUCACGAGAAUUACGGUCUGGAGCCCUACAACAAGUACCUCCUGAAGGAGCCGAUUCUCAACGACGAUCUCCCAAGCCGCCUGCUCUAUGGCGCGGUCAAGGUGAAGUCGAGGGUGAAGGAGGUCACCGAGACCUCGGCCCUCUUCGAGGACGGCACAGAGGAGGCGGCCAUCGACGUGAUCGUGUUCGCCACGGGUUACACCUUCUCCUUCCCCUUCCUGGAAGAGUCGCUCGUGAAGGUGGAGAAUAAGAUGGUGUCGCUGUAUAAGUACAUCUUCCCUCCGCAGCUGGAGAAGCCCACCCUGGCCUGCAUCGGCCUCAUCCAGCCCCUGGGUUCUAUCUUUCCCACGGUGGAGCUCCAAGCUCGCUGGGUGACCCGGGUGUUUAAAGGCCUGUGUGAGCUCCCCGCAGCGAGUGUCAUGAACACGGACAUCAUCAAGAGGAACGAGCAAAGAAUUGAUUUGUUUGGGAACAGUCAGAGUCAGAUCCUACAGACCAAUUACAUCGACUACUUGGACGAGCUGGCCGUGGAGAUCGGGGCUAGGCCGGACAUCCUGGGACUACUGUGGACAGACCCGUGGCUGGCUCUGAAGCUCUACUUCGGACCCUGCAAUUCCUACCAGUACCGCCUGGCGGGGCCGGGCCAGUGGGCAGGGGCCCGGGAGGCCAUCCUCACGCAGCAACAACGGUUGCUGAAACCUCUGAAGACCCGCGUCUUGAAGCCCGCCGCCCGCGACCCCCUCGCUGGCCUGUUCAAAGUGCUGGCGUUGCUGGCCCUGGGGCUAGCUUUGUGCUUUCAGCUGGAGUGGUCCUAGCGGGUGGGUGGACGGCUUUCGAUGCCCACAGCUCUCCAGGGGGGAAAAAAAAAGACGUUAAAAAAAAUUGACGGUGCGGGGGUUGUCUUGUGGAGUGGAGAGGAAGGAGGGAUGGAGUGAGGGCGUGGGGAGUGUGCUAGGGGCCAGCGGGGUACCACCAUCCCGUCCCAGAAUCCCCCCUGGCCUGACCCAGCGCCACCCGGAUGGUUGUCCAGACAAGAAAGCAGAGUGGUGGUUUCAAAGAAUGGAAAAAGCUUCUGGUGGGUAAAUAUUGAAGCCAUCCCUGCUCCUGCCUUUGUUUGGUCACAAAGUUCUCCGUUGUCACCCUGCUCACGCGUUUGCUUCCUGGGGAAUCGUCCAAGGCUGAGGUGCAUCGGGUUCCCAGAACAAUCAGCUCCCGUCACGUUCCUCGUUCCUUGGGGUAUCCAGCCCAAAGCCCGGCCAAUGGCCCCUGGGUCUUCUCAUGGCUGGAACGCAGCUGCAUAGUGAAAAUUGGGGCUUGGGGCUGGAGUGAUAGCACAGCGAUGUGGGUGUUUGCCUUGCAUGUGGCCAGCCUAGGUUCGAUUCCCGGCAUCCCGUAGGGUCCCCCGAGCACUGGCAGGAGUGAUUUCUGAGUGCAGAGCCAGCAGUCAGCCCUGAGUGUCGCCAGGUGUGACCCCAAAAGGCAAUAAAUAAAUUAAAUGUUUUUUAAAAAAAGGAAAGAAAGAAAGAAUUAAAGAAAAUUUGGCCUGGAAACGGAUCCGAGGGCUGAGAGCGAUCUUUGUAGUUGGGAACCCUGGGCUGGGUUCAAUCUCUGGCCUGUGGUCCCCCACGCACUACUAGGACCGACCUCAAGCACUGAGCUGGGAGUAUCCCCUGAGAACCACUAGGUACGGCCCCCAAAUCAAAAACCUUAAAAAUAAAAAGGUGUGUGGACACCAGGUGUGUCCACAAAAAUUUUUUUUUUAAAAAUCUAAAAUGAGCGGCUGGAGCCAUAGUACAGUGGGUAAGGUGUUCGCCUUGCAUGCGGAUCACCCGGGUUCGAGUCCCAGCAUCCCAUAGGGUCCCCCAAGCACCGCCAGGAGCGAUCCCUGAGUGCAGAGCCAGGUGUGACCCAAAAAGAAAAAAAAUUUUUAAAUGAAUGUGUCAUAAUAGCUGUACACACACACACACACACACACACACACACACUCAGUACUUAGCACAUGGGACAUUGUAACUGCACACAGUAUAUGAAGGCGCCCAGCACUGGUCAGGUAGUUCCUCUUGGUUUCUUUGAUUUGUAAUCAUAUGUACGCUCCUUGGAAGUACUGCUACCUAGGAAAGAACAUUCUUCUUGCAGCGAUAGUCUGAUUAUUUGCCUUUCUGUUUGGUUGGCAUUUCAGUAGAGCGAGGAGGUGUUUGAAGGCGUUUUAGAAUGAGUGACGCUUUGACGAGAUGUUUGAAAUCAUUGCCGACAUGUUGCAAAACACAAGCGCUGGGGGAGAAAAUGAUAUUUUCCAGGCAGACCAGAAGCGUCAGAAGGAGUGAGCUUUGGUCUUUAGGAAAGUCCUGACAGAUAAGAAAAGCAAGAAUCAACCCUGGAUCAAGGAAAGAACUCUGACAGAGUCAAGUAAGUAAAAUGAGUCUGUCAGGGUCAUUUUCUUGGGACCGAAGUUUAAAAAGACUCGAACCAUUUCACAUCAACAGACAUGAAGCAAUGGAACGGAAAAAAACAUCUGAUUAUGAAAUAUUCAUACAGGGGUUCUCUGCCUGCUCUGCGCUCAAACCAACAUCUUCAAAGAGAGGGGAAAGGUCAGAGGUUAAAGUCUUAGACAAAUUUCUCUUCUGUGGCCUCCAAACGCUUUCUGUGACGAUUUCUUCACUUUAGCCUGAAUUUCUUCCCUUUGAGAUCUAGGCCAAUGUGCUAACAGUCUGUCAACAGAAACUUUUUUUUUCUCCCUAAAACCCACGGAAAUAACACUUUUCAUAGAUUUUGAUUUGUAACAUUCGUUCCUUUGCAGGUGGUAGGUUCUUAGCUCUUAAUGGAAAAACGAUUCCUUUGCUAAUUCUUAACAGUUAUUUGCAGAGUAUUCUAGAAAUAAGAAUAGCAUUUAUCAAGCCUUUAGAAGGGGGGGGUGAACCCGCCCCUCCCCCAUCCAUUUUUUUGUCAAUAAAGGUUUACCGGAAAUAGCCCUA